ACCAAAUCUUGGCAAGGACCGGAAGAGGAAGGAGAGGCGAGGCUUCGCUAACCAGAGGGGCGGGUGCACGCAGCCUCCCUCGGCUCAUCUCGCUAUGGGGCAUUCAGAGCGUCCUGGUCGCCAUGAAAACAGGCCACACCCCGGCGAUCCCGGCCCGGGGAUCCCAAGUGCGCAGGCGCCCGUGCCCUUCCGCGCAUGAGCAGUGCUGCUCCGAGCCCGCCAGCCACGGUCUCCGGCGCCAGCUACGCCGCUGCCGCUGUCACUAUGGCCCAUUACAAAGCCGCCGACUCGAAGCGCGAGCAGUUCCGGAGGUACUUGGAGAAGUCGGGGGUGCUGGACACGCUGACCAAGGUAUUGGUAGCCUUAUAUGAAGAACCAGAGAAACCUAAUAGUGCUUUGGAUUUUUUAAAGCAUCACUUAGGAGCUGCUACCCCAGAAAAUCCAGAAAUAGAGCUGCUUCGCCUAGAAUUGGCAGAAAUGAAAGAGAAAUAUGAAGCUAUUGUAGAAGAAAAUAAAAAACUGAAAACAAAGCUUGCUCAGUAUGAACCACCUCAGGAGGAGAAACGUGCUGAAUAGGAUUCUUCUCAGUUGAAAAGACACUGAAAACAAUGGUUUUGUAUGACUCGAAUAGUUUGUACAGUAUAUAAUCUUUUCUGAACAGAUGCUAUAGCACUCUUUUAAAUAUGUUAAAUUCACCUAUCACACGUUAACUGUUAUAAACACAUAUACUUAGAAUCACCAAUAAAAACUCAGUAUAACUUUCUUUGGGUCUUAAAAAAGCAGGAGAAUCAAAAGUGAAUCCUGGAAAGAAAAAAAAAAUCUAUAAACACAGCCAUCGAAUUCAUUACCUUAAAAGACAUUCUAUCAGUCUGACUAGGAAUGAUGGUACCGGUUGUAUUUUAGCCAAGGAAGUUUAUUAGUACAGAGCUAUUCCUUGGUUUAGCUCAGGAUUAUGAGCACAGGUACAGUCAUUCUUUAAAAUGAAGAUGACACUGUUGUUUUAUAUUCUCUGUAGGCAGCUGGAGAGAUCUGUGUGAUACACGAUGCUGUUUCAUGGGGGUCUCAUGAAUCUUCUGCUCUCGUUUAUAUUAGCUGGAACGAAUGACUCUUUGCCACCACUUUGCCUUAGAUAACUGUGUGUGCCAGUGUGAACUCUGACACCACCUUUCCUUCUAUGCAAUCAUGCCCUAUCUGAUAAUGUUGCCUUGCUUUACUGUGCUUCCCUGGGUCCCAGUUGCACAUUGACCUUUCUGUGUUGUUUUUCAAUUUCCUGUAAUAGCAGUUACCCUGAUUGUAAUUUAUAUAAACUUAAAGAGGAUCACACUGUUCCCCUGCCUUACUUAGUUGCUUAGCGGGACACAGAACAGAGGCAAUAUAAAAUUCUGGGUUCACGCACAAGCCUGGAUGACAAGGGGAAUGAGCCAUAUAUUGUGGAAAAUUAUAGUUCGUGGGUAUAAUUAUACAGUGCUUUUUUCCCUCAAAGUAUUUUUCUAGCUUUGAAUUCAUUUUAUCUUCAUUAUCCCUGUGAAGUAGGUAGGCAAGUGUGAGGGGAGGUGGGGUGCUGAAUCUGUAGGCCAAAGACUGAUGUGAAUACCAGUUAUUCACCAAUUGUAGAACCUGGGGCACAUUAGUUAAUUGCUCCAAGAUUCACUUUCCUCACCUGUUAAAUGAAAAUAUCUGUGCUGCCUACCUCACAGGGUUGUUGUGAGGGUCAAAUGGAAUGUAUGUGAAAGAUUUGUAAAUGGUAAAGCACUAUAUUCUUGUUUGUUA